UAUAUGUAUGUGACGUAUGACCUAAAAUGGUAGAACGUAUCAAAUGAUAGACAAAUUGCCUGCAGGAGAAAAUACGACAUAUAUUGUAUUUGAAAUGAGGUCGCUGCUAAAACCAAUACAUAUUUUCUCUAUGCAGCGCCGCACAAUUAGCAACAUGUCUCUUCAUAUUACUGCAAACCCACAAGAGACUAUUAACACAUAGACUAGAGCUAUUGGUAAAGUGUAGGAAUAUUGGAAAAACGCUCAGUGAUUCUGAAACGUCUAUUACUGAUCUUAUUGACAAAUGCUGUACUAUGGAAACUCGUGACGCUUUUUUUCGUCCUUGGCGCAUGCGUCAAAAUUAUUGACAAAAAUUGUGAUAACAAAUGUGUCGAUUUAAAUCAAUUAUUGUUAAAUCAUGAUUUUCUGACCGUUAUAGUGGGUAUCAGAAGAAGGAUGUUAGUGUACAUAUGUAAAUUCCAGUUUCAGUAAACGACAAAAAUUCAUGUACAAAGACCUAGAAAAAUCCGUCUUGGUUACUUAAAUCAUGACGUCACCACUUAUACUUCUUGUGUUCGGAGCAGUCAUUUCCGGUGUAUUAGGGAGUCUAUUUAUCAUCAUAUCCCUUGCAGUUGAUUCAUGGGAGGAAGUGACGUUUAAUACAGAUGUUUUGUCGAAAUAUCAAAUAAACAACAGUGAAUAUUACUGUGUCAUUGCAUCCUCGUCAUCUAAUUUUAGUUUGCUCCGUCAUAAUAAAACGGAGGUAAAGAAUGGAAAUUUGACCAGUUCGUUCCAGUUUUAUUACCUAUACUCGACAUACAGUGGUGUUUGGAGAAUGUGUGAUAAUCUAUCAG